AUGGACCGACCAUCGUCUCAUCAGCUCCGAGAUGAGGACUCGCCUACGGCGUCGCAGGUGACCUCAAGGUAGCUUUUUUGUCUUUGCCUGCUCACCAUCUCCAUUUCAGCAAUGAGCUAAUUCAAAGACUAGCCUACCUUCCAGUCGCCGCCGCUGAAGUGAACGCCUCCGUGGAAAACCGGUGGUGUCAACUGCGGGAUACAGUCCAGUCGGCGGCCUGGACUGUCCUUGGUCGCGCACGUCGCCAGCAUCGGGACUAG